GAGGCACUGGCAGCCAAGCAGCAGCAGCAGCAGUCGAGUGUGUGUAUAAGUUUAUACACUCGCCCACGGUCCGCUUCAGUACAUGCGCGGCGGGCGCCUCGAAAGGUGACGUCGCCCGAGCCGACACAGAACAGUCGUGUAAGCGCAUACAGAAAACGCUUCGUCGUUUUCAUUGAGCCACAUUUUCCCUCGUCAGCUGCUUUCCUAUACACGUUACAAGUGCGCAAGUGAUACAUGUACGACGAGUGCGCGAGUGUAUGUGUGUAAUAUAUCAUAUACGUGUGUAUAGCAGCAUUCGGGAGUUUGUUCAUCCCUCAGUUGCUGCUGCUACUGCUGCUGCUCUCGUGCAGUCCGCUCGCACACACACACACGUACAGUGACUCGACGGAUGAUGCGCGAAAGCAGAAAAUAUUGAUAAAACGUAAAAGCGAGAUAUCCGAGAGUCCACUCGAUGGAAGAUGGCUCGCACGCGAGUGUCGAAACUUGUGCAUCACCAAAAGUACUACAGUGUCGGUGACGAUGGGUAAUCGUCGUCGUCGUCGUCGUUCUCGAAAGUGGCGCAUUAAAAACACACAUGUUGUUUCCAAUUUAGUGCAGUUUAUUGUUUAGUUAUUAUUUUUUGUUGUUUUAUUCUUUUUUUACUUUUUUUUUGUAAAAAAAAAAAUAAUAAUAAAAUUAAAGAAAAAGAAGGAGAAAAAACACCCCCAACCAGUUAUCAACGACCAAGAUCGAAGGAAUCAUUUUGUUGAAGCCAGGAGCUGCUGUUGCAUAUAAGUAAAUAUAAUCGCUGCAUAAAAAUGGGCAUCCUGAGCCUGCGCAGCCGCGUCGUGCAGAGCCUGGUGCUUUGCCUCGUCGGCUUGACCUUCUACACGUAUUAUCGGACCACCGCCGGCGAAAUGCAACGAGAGUUCGGUUACAUCCGAACCGUGCCCGACAACAAUCGAACGCCGUACUACAACGAGUUGGCGUCUCCGCCGGUGCAGCAACCGCACGCGAGUCACUUGAACGGUGGCAACAGCAGCAGUCCGGAGAUCCCGUCUACGCCCAUGCUGGCCGUCCGUAGCCCGGCCAAUGUCACCGACAGCUCCUCGACGAUAUUCGUUCCGAACAACGUCACGUCGGUCAUCACGGUCAUAUCCAUGUCGUCGUCGCAGUCGUCCUCGUCUUCCGUGGGAUCGAUGGUGCGGCUACUGCCCAGCAACAAUACGCAAACGGGUAUGGUGAGCUCGAGCACGACGACGUCAACGACCAGCACGACGUCGACCACAACGACGACCACGACGACUCCGGAGCCGCCGGUGCCAACUACGCCAGCCGUGAAGAAAGACGCCGCGCGACUCUCCUACCCGAGCGGACACACCGUCUCGGUGCCCGACAGAUGCCCCGAUUUCGGCAAAUUCAUGGAGCUCAUGAUCAUCAUCAUGUCGGCGCCGACGCACUUCGAGGCGAGGACGGCCAUUAGGCAGACCUGGGCGCACUUCGCCGCGCGACGAGACAUCGGCAUUGUCUUUUUGCUCGGCGCAACGAGCGACGCCAAAUUCGAGGCCCAUCUGGACAAGGAGCAAGACAUGUACGGCGACAUAAUUCGCGGUCGCUUCUUCGACUCCUACAACAACCUCACUCUCAAGACCAUCUCGAUGCUCGAGUGGGUGGACAACUACUGCUCGGAGGUGAGGUACAUCCUCAAGACCGACGACGACAUGUUCAUCAACGUGCCGCGCCUCAUGUCCUUCAUUGGCAAGCACAGGCGCGACAGGAACGUCAUUUUCGGCAAGGUGGCCAAGAAAUGGAAGCCUGUGCGCAACAAGUCCAGCAAGUACUACGUGUCGCCGCAAAAGUACCGCAGCCCCUUCUAUCCGGACUUUUGCACGGGUCCGGCCUAUCUCAUGUCCAACGACGUCAUCAACAAGCUCUACGAGGGUGCGCUCAACGAGACUUUCCUCAAGCUCGAGGACGUCUUCGUGACGGGCAUAGUGGCCAGCAAACUCGGAGUGCGACGAGUGCACGCCAACGAAUUUCUCAAUCGCAAGAUUUCCUACAGCCCGUGCAACGUGCAACGAGGCAUCAGCAUACACAUGGUCAAAUACGGCGAGCAGUUCGACCUCUGGAAGAAGUUACUCGACGGCAAGACCAAGUGCAAGUAGUGAUUUUACCUGACCCCCGAUCGCGUCUUGAUCCUCUUUUAACGAGGAUCGCGCGAAUCGCGAGAACUAUUAUCUUUUAAAAAUAUUCGCCGACCGUUCCACUUUUUUGCGCAACGCGGUGGAUUCAUAUACAUAUUAUAUAUAAGCAUGUAAUGUUUAAAAAUCGAGAUAUUCUCGGUUUAUAUUUAUCUGUGAGUCUGCGUGUGCGUGAGUAUGUGCGUCUGAAUAUGUAACUUUAAGAAUUCAGCGAGUUAAGGCGGGACACAUGAUGACACUUAUGAAGAUGCCGCGAGUAGUCAGCGGCAAUAACUAUAGUGAUCGGAAUUUCCAGCCUGGUGCAAUUCGUAUUAUAAAUUGUAAGUUUUUAAAUCAAUUGAAAGCGAGACUCCGUUCGAGUUUGAUGUUAUCGGUGUAGAUAGUUAUCUCCCCUCUUAUUUUUACUUUUCUAUGUAUUAUAAUUUGGUACUUUUGAUGUAAAAUAGCUCGACUAAUGAUUUCGUUGUUAUU